AGAGGGAGGUAGGACUUCCUGUUCUUUUCACAGCGACUGCCGGAAGUGAUUGUGGGCUAAUCGGCGGCGUUUGCGGAGGCUGAAGAGUUUAGGGCGUCUGUACUAGUUGCUGCUUUGGGCGCGAAAAAUGCCGGGUCUGGCGGCCGCAAGCCCUGCCCCAUCUGAGUCGCAGGAGAAGAAGCCUCUGAAGCCCUGUUGCGCCUGCCCGGAGACCAAGAAGGCGCGCGAUGCGUGCAUCAUUGAGAAAGGAGAAGAGAACUGUGGACCCCUAAUUGAGGCCCACAAGGAAUGCAUGAGAGCCCUGGGAUUUAAGAUAUGAAAUGGUGGUCUGCUCUGGGAAUUAAUAAUUCCUGAAAAAUGAAGAAGAUUUAAUAACUUUGGGAGCUCUUUGAUGAACAUUGAUAAAUUUAAAAGUAUUUAUAACUUAUUAAAAAAAAAGAGAAUAUCCCUGGUCAAAAGUC